AUAUUCCUUACGAAAAUGGGUAAGAGACUGAAGGAAGCAUCAAAUUGGCCAAAAAGAAGAGAUGGGAGACGAGAUCUUAGACUGGAGGAAGAAGAGAAAAAAAAAACAGAGUGCAAAAAGAAAGCCAAGCCCUUGAUAUCUGUACCAUUACCAUAUUUCUCGUCUUCCAUCUCUGCCUCUCCCUGGCAAAGAUAAUCAAAACUUUGCCAAAAUGUGAUAUAGACUUGCUUUGCUUGUGUACUAUCGAAUUCAACCUUUCUAAAAUGUUGAUAAAGCAGAACUGAGACUUUCCCAAAUUGGGAUUAGUAGCUCUGCAAGCUGAAGAAGGAAAUGCACUGAUAUACAGAGCUGCAAAACAAGACAAAAAACAGAGCGUCUUUAUAUCCAACACUCUGGUUCAGAGCAAGAGUGAAAAAUCAGUCUUUGCUUUCCGGUAAGUGAAAACUGAAAACCCUCCUUCUUCUUCCAGAGUUUUACACAACAAUGGCUGCUGCUGCCGAAGUUAACCGCCAAUCUGCUGGUUUCUUCCGAGUCAUCCUCCCAACCAUUCCCUACCAAAAGAAAAUGAGUCUGCCCCUGAAGUUUGUGGUGAUGUACGGGAUUCAACUCUCUUCAACUGCCACUCUCAAACUACCGAACGGCGCCGUCUGGAAGAUCGGCGUCAAGAAAGCAACCGACGGUCGGACGGCUUGGUUUACCAAGAACUGGGAUCAAUUUAUUGAACACUAUUCGAUCGCCGUAGGCUUCUUCAUCACGUUUCAGUAUCUCGGCAGCUCGGAGUUCGACGUCAAGAUCUUCAACCUCACUACCUGCUCCAUCAAUUACCCUCGUCCCGGCGGCGGCCGGCAGCCGAUUGGUAGAGGCAGAGCUUCCACCGGAGCUCAACCCAUUUCACCAAAUCUAGGUGCGAGCUCCGACGACGAGGAAGAAGAUCGCUGCGAGCAGGGGGAGGUGGAGAAAUUGAUGAAUCUGGUGAAAGAAAGCGGGAUUGUCACAAGUUCCCAGUUCGAUCGGAUUCUUCCCAAGCACUGGAUGCAGUGCAAGAAGGGAGUAGAAGAAGCGAUUCUCUCGAAGCCGCCGAAUCGCCCCUGUUUCUUGACCCUGAUGACUUGUGCUUUGAUUAGAUGGGACAGCCAGCUUGUAAGUGGGAGCUAUAACUCAGUUCUAGACCUUUGCUCUUGUUCGUUUGUUAGUAAAUUUUUUUUUUUUGGGUUUGUUGCAAUUUCGGGCAGAUGAUUCCGGGUGCAUUUGUGGCAGAGCACAUCGACGAUCAAUGGCAGAGUGUGAAGCUUCGGGUGCAGGGGAAGAAGAAGCAAUGGGAUGUGGACUUGAAGAGGAGUGAUCGAUCAAAGACGAUUUCCAUGGCGGUGAAGAGUAGGAAGCGGUUCGUUGAUGAGAAUGGUUUGGGAGUCGGGGAUGUGUGUCUGUUUCAGCUGGUUUCUCCGGCGGAACCCGUGAUGGAAGUCACCGUGUUUCCUGCCGCCGACGAGUAGUGAUCGUCGUACGAGUCUGGACUACACGUAGCUUCACCAUUGACGUACGUUAUUGUCUCUAUUCGAAAUCGAAAUUCUCGACAGUAGUAACUUAUCCAAUUCACUAUCCUUGUUAUGGACAUUAAGCUUAUAUAUUGUAAUUUUUCAUGCAAGUUUAUUAUCUAUCAAUCGCGUAAUUUGAUUUAUAUUGCAUAUUUACAUUCGAAUAGUCGUUUUUAUUUUCAAUACAUUCACUUUUAUACAUCUCAUAUUCUUC